GCAGGGUAUCUGACCUAGGCCCUGCCCCUCCCAGCCCAGCGCCCCGCCCAGCUCCCCGCCCCGCUCCCCGCCUCGGCUCCGGCCCCGCCCUAUCGCCCCGCCCCUUCCCGGGCUCCGUGUCUUCUGCCCUGCGCUGAGUGUCCGCAUCGCCCUCGCGGCAGUCUUGGGCACGCCGCUCGGCGUCGGUGCCUGAGGGAGGCCGCAAUGUCGGCCGAGACCCUGGCGGCCGAGGCCGUGGCGUCGCGCCUGGAGCGGCAGGAGGAGGACAUCCGCUGGCUGUGGGCGGAGGUCCAGCGCCUGCGGGACGAGCAGCUGAAUGCGCCCUACAGCUGCCAGGUGGAGGGGCCGUGCCUCACGCGGGAGGUGGCGCAGCUCCGGGCCGAGAACCGCGACCUGCGCCACCGCCUGUGCCGCCUCCGGCUGUGCCUCGCGGAGGAGCUGAGCCGCCAGGCCACGGCCACGCUGGAGAGCGCGGAGCUGGCGGGGGCGCAGGAGGCUGGCGCACAGCGUACUUCUAGUCAAAGCCAAGACGAGGACAUGAAAAACAAGAAAAUGAAGGAAAGUGAGCCUGACAGUGAGGUAGUGAAACAACCAAUUUUCAUAAAAGAAAGAUUGAAGCUUUUUGAAAUACUGAAGAAAGACCAUCAGCUCUUACUUUCCAUUUAUGGAAAAAAAGGGGAUACAAGCAAUAUCAUCACAGUGAGAGUGGCUGAUGGGCAAACAGUGCAAGGGGAAGUCUGGAAAACAACGCCUUACCAAGUGGCUGCUGAAAUUAGUCAGGAACUGGCUGAAAGCACAGUAAUAGCCAAAGUAAAUGGUGAAUUGUGGGACCUGGACCGCCCGUUGGAAGGGGACUCUUCUCUAGAGCUGCUUACAUUUGAUAAUGAGGAAGCUCAAGCUGUGUACUGGCACUCCAGUGCUCACAUUCUUGGGGAAGCCAUGGAACUUCAUUAUGGAGGCCACCUGUGCUACGGUCCGCCCAUUGAAAAUGGAUUUUAUUAUGACAUGUUCAUUGAAGACAGAGCAGUGUCCAGCACAGAAUUGUCAGCCCUGGAGAAUAUAUGUAAAGCCAUCAUAAAAGAAAAGCAACCUUUUGAAAGACUAGAAGUCAGCAAGGAAAUCCUCCUGGAAAUGUUUAAGUACAAUAAAUUUAAAUGCCGCAUUCUGAAUGAGAAGGUUGACACUGCAACUACCACAGUGUACAGGUGCGGUCCAUUAAUUGACCUUUGCAAAGGUCCACAUGUAAGACACACUGGAAAAAUUAAAACCAUCAAAAUUUUUAAGAAUUCCUCAACAUACUGGGAGGGCAAUCCCGAAAUGGAAACAUUGCAGAGGAUCUAUGGAAUAUCCUUUCCUGAUAACAAGAUGAUGAGGAACUGGGAAAAGUUCCAAGAGGAAGCGAAGAACCGAGAUCACAGGAAGAUUGGGAAGGAACAAGAACUUUUCUUUUUCCAUGAUUUGAGUCCUGGAAGCUGUUUUUUCCUUCCCAGAGGAGCCUUCAUUUAUAAUACACUUAUGGAUUUCAUACGAAUUUUAAUGUUGAAUGCAUGUAUCUUGAAGGAGGAAUAUCACAAACGUGACUUCACGGAGGUGCUCUCUCCCAACAUGUACAACAGUAAACUCUGGGAAGCCUCAGGCCACUGGCAGCAUUACAGCGAGAACAUGUUUACCUUUGAGAUUGAAAAGGACACUUUUGCCCUCAAACCCAUGAAUUGUCCAGGUCACUGUCUAAUGUUUGCCCAUCGUCCACGAUCUUGGAGGGAAAUGCCUAUGAGAUUUGCUGAUUUUGGAGUUCUGCAUAGAAAUGAACUGUCGGGGACUCUCAGCGGCUUGACCAGAGUCAGGCGCUUCCAGCAGGAUGAUGCUCACAUCUUUUGCACAGUGGAGCAGAUUGAAGAAGAAAUAAAGGGGUGUUUGCAGUUUUUGCAAUCUGUUUACUCAACAUUUGGCUUCUCCUUUCAAUUAAACCUGUCAACAAGGCCGGAAAACUUCCUAGGAGAGAUUGAGAUGUGGAAUGAGGCUGAGAAGCAACUGCAGAAUAGCUUGAUGGAAUUUGGAGAACCAUGGAAAAUGAACCCAGGUGAUGGAGCAUUUUAUGGCCCUAAAAUUGACAUAAAAAUCAAGGAUGCUAUUGGCAGAUACCAUCAAUGUGCUACAAUUCAGCUGGACUUCCAACUGCCUAUUAGAUUUAAUCUCACAUAUGUUAGUAAGGAUGGGGAUGAUAAGAAGAGACCUGUGAUCAUUCAUCGAGCCAUUUUGGGAUCAGUGGAAAGAAUGAUAGCCAUUCUUUCAGAAAACUAUGGGGGAAAAUGGCCUUUCUGGCUAUCUCCUCGUCAGGUAAUGGUCAUCCCUGUGGGGCCAACUUGUGAAAAAUAUGCACUUCAGGUAUCCAGUGAAUUUUUUGAAGAAGGAUUUAUGGCUGACGUUGACUUAGAUCAUAAUUGUACACUAAAUAAGAAAAUACGAAAUGCACAGCUGGCUCAGUAUAAUUUUAUUUUGGUGGUUGGAGAAAAGGAAAAGAUAAAUAAUGCUGUAAACGUGCGAACAAGAGACAACAAAAUUCAUGGAGAGAUUUUAGUAACUUCUGCCAUUGAUAAACUGAAGAAUCUCAAGAAGUCACGGACACUCAUUGCUGAGGAGGACUUUUGAAGUCCUUCCCUGAUAUUUGCUUCUGUGUAACUUUGUUUUGACCCUUAAAAAUGUAUUUUUCUUAACAUAUUAGUACUUCUAAGACUUUGGAGCCUUUGAUGGGGGUUCAUUCACAAGCUCAGCUGAGAAAGGAGACAAUGAAUGUGUAGCUGACAUGUACCAAGUUUAAUUCACUGAUGUCCAUAAGGGACAAUCAGAGGGCACGUGUGGGAAAUUUUCCAGCAAUCAAUGCCUUGAGAAAUUUAAAUGGGGAAAUAUUAUUCAUUGAAAAAGUGAAACAAAACACUAGGAAAUGAUUAUGAAAUGUUAGGGCUAAGAUUUGUGCUUUUCAAAAGGUGGGCUUCAAAUAAAAGUCUGCAGAGUUUUUUUUUUUUUAACAUGAGGGAAAAUCUUAUUUUCUAGUAUGUCUCAGGUAUUUUUAUGACUGUUUUACUAAAAUUCACACUGAAACUUUAUCUUCAAAUUGGAAUCAUUACUUAAUUUUAACUAACCAACAACCACAAAAGCAGCAGCUACUACUAAAUAUUGGAUUACUGACAAAGGAAUUCAGUUUUGUGGAAUCUGGUGUUUGCACUAUAGGUUAAGAGUUGCCAUUUAAAUGUUUCUAAUUCAUAAUUAGGUUUUGUUCAGCUUUAGAAAAAAAUAAAUUCCCGAAUGAAUUGCA